AUGAAGCUCUUUUCGUCAGUACUCAUGCUUGCCGCCCUUUUGGACGGCACAAAUGCCGCAAAGAAAAAGUCUAAAAUUGCCGGCAAAAAACACCCUCUCGCAAUCAGAUCUCCGGACAAAGAACCCUGCCAGAAAAUGAGAGAAGGAGUACUUGAACAUGUGUCCACUGACGACAAAUGCAGAUGUUCCUCUGGAUGGAAAAAGAUAAACACAGAAGAUGGAAAGAGAUGCCAUGAGUCAAACACGAAGAUUUACAACUCAAAGAAGCUUGUCGUUACUGGCGAGACUUUGGCCGAAGCCCUCCUCGCCCGACAGAAUAUCGCUGGUGGAGCUACCAAGUGCGCAAUGGCGACUGGAGUUGAACAGGCUGUGGAUUGCAGCGGCGCUAGAAUGGACGGAAAGAAGGCCAAGAAGAUUAUUGUUCCAGCAAGCACCAAGAAACUUUCUUACGAGUCCAACCAUCUUGACGAAAUUCACCCACAGUGGCUCGAAGGACUCACCAACUUGGAAAAAUUGAACAUCAAGAACAACUUUUUGGACAAGAUCAGUCCUCAACUUUUCCGAAACAAUAUCGCUCUUGAAGAGCUCGAUCUCUCCCAGAACCAGAUCCUCAAGCUCGACAAGUCCGCUAUCUUCAAGAAGAACAAGCAACUCAAGAAUCUGAAAUUGAACAACAACCGAAUUGUCGACAUGAAAAUGAAGAUUCUCACUGCUCUGCCAAACUUGGAGAACCUCGAGCUCCAGCACAAUCGACUCACACGUGUCAAUGGAAAGAUGCUGAAAUACGCAAAGGACUUGAAGACAGUCGAUCUUUCUUACAACAACAUCAACUCAGUCGCCUCGCAGGCCUUCAGAAUGAGCGCAAGCGUAGAGAAAGUGAGCCUUGAUCACAACAAAAUCACACAAGUCAACAAGGCCGUCUUCUCCAACCUUAAAAAUUGCGAAAGAAUGUAUCUCCAGAACAAUAAUAUUUCAAAACUGAGCAAAGAUGCCUUCCGAAACAUGCUGAAAGUCAAAGAAAUCAAUCUCAGUGAAAACAAAAUCACAGAAAUCGCCUCUGGACAGUUUAAGAGGCUGCCGGAAUUACGCAUUGUCAACCUAAACGAUAACCAAAUUGAAUUCCUUCCCGUGUCCACAUUUGAUCAUAGCCCCAACCUUAUGUUUGUUUACGUCAAAAACAACAAGAUCAGAUCUUUCAAUCCAGAUUUGUUUCAAUACGCCAUCAACUUGAAGAUCUUCAUGGCUGACGACAACGUUGUCGAGGAAAUCAGCGAAGGCCUUCUUGAAGGAAAAGCAAACUUGAAGACAGUCGGCUUUAGCGGUAACAACAUUGAGAAAAUCAACAACUUCAUCGAUGAUGACUCUCUCGCUGUUAAGAACGUUUUCCUCCAAGGAAACGAAAUCAGCGAAGUCGAUUCCAACUUUUUGAAUGCGCAGAGACAGCUCGCCAAGGUCGAAGUUCAGCAAAACCAACUUUCCGAGGAAGACAUCGAUUUUGUCAGUAACAUCAUCACAGACGACAGAGAGCUUCAGGAACUUGACCUCCGCGACAACCAAUGGGCCUAUCCUCAAGAUUUCAAUAAAAAGUUUGGCCGAGCAAUGUUUGGACGACUUGCCGACGAUAUCGCAAACAUUGGAGAAUUUGGCGAAGAAACCUUGUAG